AUGCGGUCAUCCUUAAACCUGUCCUCAAAAUGGACAGGAUAUUUAGUUCUGUUGUCAACAUUUGGCAGCUUAAUUACACCAGCUGUAACUGUUAAACAUGAGAAUUUCAAAACAUGCGAUCAAUCCGGAUUCUGUAAACGAAAUCGAGCAUACGCGGAUCAUGCAACAGCAGUAGGAGACAACUGGAGCUUGCAAGCUCCUUAUCGAUUGAGUUCAGAAGCAUUGACCUGGAAGGAUGGCCAACUACAAGGAACGAUCCUCAAGAAAUUAGAUGGUGGAGAGUCGGUCAGGUUACCGAUUACUAUUUCUUUCCUCGAGUCUGGAUCUGCGAGGGUUACGAUUGAUGAGGAGAAACGUCAAACGGGUGACAUCGAAUUGAGACAUGAUAGUAAAGCUAGAAAGGAACGUUAUAAUGAGGCUGCAAAUUGGGCUAUCGUUGGAGGCUUAGCCCUGAGUAAGGAUGCAGAACAUAAGAUAUAUCCUGGAGUCUCGCAUAUCACAUAUGGUCCGGAGGGCAAGUUCAAGGCGGAAGUCACACAUGCUCCAUUUGCAAUCGAUUUCAAGAGAGACGAUGAGACACAGAUCAAGUUCAACGAUCGGGGAUUGAUGAAUGUAGAACACUGGAGACCAAAGAUUGAAAAGCCAGAAAAGCCAGAAAAGAAAGAAGGAGAAGAAGAAGAAGAAGAAUCAACCGAGGUCCAAACUGGUGAUGAUGAGGGGACUUGGUGGGAUGAAUCUUUUGGUGGUAAUACCGAUUCAAAGCCUCGAGGCCCUGAAAGUGUUGCUCUCGACAUUACCUUCCCCGGAUAUGAACAUGUCUUUGGUAUCCCAGAGCAUUCUGGACCAUUGUCAUUGAAGCAGACCCGAGGUGGAGAGGGUAAUCACAAUGAUCCUUAUCGUCUAUACAACGCCGAUGUUUUUGAGUAUAUCAUGGAUAGUGAGAUGACUUUGUAUGGAGCUAUUCCUUUCAUGCAAGCACAUCGGGCAGCAUCAACUGUUGGUAUCUUUUGGUUGAACGCAGCCGAAACCUGGAUUGAUAUCAUCAAGGAAAAGGCAUCUAUCAAUCCAUUAAGUGGAAAAACUGAUACUAAGACCCAUUGGUUCUCGGAGAGUGGAUUACUCGAUGUCUUUGUCUUCCUUGGACCAACACCAAAAGAUGUUACUAAAGCAUAUGGAGAACUUACAGGUUACACACAGCUUCCUCAAGAAUUCUCAAUUGCCUACCACCAAUGCCGAUGGAACUAUGUUACAGAUGAGGAUGUUAAAGACGUGGAUCGAAAGAUGGACAAAUUCCAAAUCCCAUAUGAUGUUAUCUGGCUCGACAUUGAGUAUACUGAUGGGAAGAAAUAUUUCACGUGGGAUCCUCAUACUUUUGGAAAUCAUGUUGAAAUGCUGUCCCACUUAGAUAAAUCUGACCGAAAGCUUGUUGCAAUUAUUGACCCUCACAUCAAGAACGAGGACAAUUAUCACGUUGUUGAUGAAUUAAAGGGUCAAGAUUUGGCGGUUCAUAACAAGGAGGGCAGUAUUUAUGAAGGUUGGUGUUGGCCAGGUUCUUCCCAUUGGAUUGAUACAUUUAAUCCUGCUGCAAACAAGUGGUGGAAAACACUUUUCACCAAGGAUGCUUGGAAGACAUCUAACCUAUUCAUUUGGAAUGAUAUGAACGAGCCAUCCGUCUUUAACGGACCCGAAACAACUAUGCCAAAAGAUAACUUGCAUCACGGAAACUGGGAGCAUCGUGAUGUCCAUAACAUCAAUGGUAUGACCUUCCACAAUGCAACCUACGAAGCAAUGGUCGAGCGAAAGAAGGGAGAACUACGUCGUCCAUUCGUCCUCACUCGUUCUUUCUAUGCCGGAAGUCAACGUCUUGGCGCCAUGUGGACUGGUGAUAACCAGGCCAAUUGGGAUCAUCUCGCAGCUGCAUUUCCUAUGAUUCUUAACAAUGGUAUCGCAGGUUUCCCAUUCGCUGGUGCAGAUGUUGGUGGGUUCUUCGGUAACCCUGAAAAAGAUCUUCUCACACGUUGGUACCAAGCCGGUGCUUUCUACCCCUUCUUUCGUGGACACGCACACAUCGAUACCAGAAGACGUGAACCAUAUCUUGCAGGUGAGCCGUACACAGGUAUCAUUACCCAAGCUCUCCGCCUCCGUUACGCCCUUCUUCCAGCCUGGUACACCGCUUUCCACGAAGCCAGUACCGACGGAACUCCUAUUAUUAGACCCCAUUACUUUGAAUAUCCCGAAGAUGAAUCCGGAUUCGCCAUCGACGAUCAAUUUUUCGUUGGUAGCACAGGUCUUCUCGCUAAACCUGUCGUGGCAGAAGGUGCCGAGAGCGUCGAGAUCUAUCUCCCAGAUAAUGAAGUCUACUAUGACUACUUCGACUAUUCUAUCCAUACCGGCUCUGGAAAAACAACCAUCGCCGCCCCUCUUGAGAAAAUUCCACUUCUCAUGCAAGGCGGCCACAUUAUUCCUCGCAAAGAUCGUCCUCGCAGAAGUUCUGGACUCAUGAAAUGGGAUCCUUACACCCUCGUCCUCGCACUUGACAAGAAUGGAAAAGCUCAAGGUGAACUUUAUGUCGACGAUGGUGAGACAUUUGAUUAUAAAUCUGGUGCCUACAUCCAACGUUCAUUCUCCUUCGAAAAUGGAAAGCUAUCCAGUAAGAAUAUUGGAACGAACGGAAAGUUGACCAGUAAAUACUUGAAGAGUAUGAAGAAUGUCGUCGUGGAGAAGAUCAUUGUUGUUGGUGCUCCUAAAGCGUGGAAGGAUUUGAACAGUGUGAAGGUUGGGGAUAGCACAGCCGAGAUCACAUAUCAUGCGGAAGAGGGCAAAAAGGCAGCGUGGGCCUUGGUUAGAGCGCCAAAGGUUGCUAUUGGGGAGGAUUUCGAGGUGGAAUUUGUGGAGGGUGGAAAGACCGAGUUGUAG